AUGGCCUGCUGUCCAACAAUUUCAUUCAUUAAAAUCUUACAAUUUAUAGUUGUCUGUUGUAUAUUUGGCCUCGAUAUACGGGGUAAAGCAUUCUCAGAUUCUUCAAAAAAUGAAACUCUUUUGAAUGAAUUAGUGGAUAAAAUACCAGAGAAUAACAUAACGAUUCCACUUUUGAAUAUCAAAUUAAAUGCUGAAUCAAUACCGACAGAGUACAUUUCGACUGGCACUGUGGUAGCCUAUUUUAUUAUUAUUUUUGUAUCAUUCGUAAGUGGUUUGUUCGGAUCACCGCUAACUAAACUUCCUGUAAGUAUUUGUGUACACUGUUAAAAAUUUCUAUUGUAAUUUUACAAGAAAUGUAUUGGAAGCUAAUAGGCAAAACAUUUAUUUAAAAUUACAAUCGGGUAUAGUAAAAUUACAAAA